CAAAAGUCUAUUAUUCAUCUAUGACAAAAGUAUUCUCUUCUCUCUGUCUGAUAACCAUAACAUUUUGUCAAAGCUGACGCUUGACUUGAGAGCUUGACGUUUGUAUGUUUUCAAAAUAUUUUGCAGUUAAUCCAGAUAAACAAUAAUAAAAUCGUCACAAAAUAUCGAAUAUUUUGCUAAAAUGUCGCAGCAUUUAGUGAAUGAAAACAGUAAAUACAUCUUGGACUUAUUUUCAGAACAGACAGUAGACCAACAAACACUAGAUUCGAUAUGUACUCAGGUCCAGAAGAAAUUCCCUAAAUCGGAUCAUUUUAAUUUAUGUCUCCUUCUGUCAUCGUUAGUAACAGGUGGGGAUCUCUCCUUGCCUGGACAACGAGUAGUGGCUCUGGCAAUCAUCUUUGAUAUCUACAAAUUGGACAAUCCAUUUGCUUCUUUGUUCCUGCACCUGCUGGAAGGGAAGGCAGGUCUCCCUCCACUGUCUCCGCAGGAAAGACUACUGAUUGGACAGCUGCAUGGGUUCCUACCAGUUAAUAUUAAAGAUGUUAUGAAGAAGUCAGCAAAACAGGUGAUGCUGACAGAGGUGGCUCCGAAAGACCUGGAGUUUGAUUACUCAUCACUGCAGACCCUGGUUGCAGAGAGGGUUGCAGACAUGAGCUCCAUGGCGAGGGCGGCGGCGCCGGCGCUGAUACCGCUUAGUGAUGGGAGUCCACCAAACCGUAUGGCGAUGAAGGAACUGUUGGAGAACUUGAUAUCCAAUGACUACAUGCCCCUGCACCGUACACUGAAGGCAUCAGGACCUAUCCCACUGCCCACCUUCUUGAUGGACACUGCUGAAAUGACUGCUGAUAAGGCGGUAUGGAAGUGCCUGGUAAACCGUGGAGCGUACAUCCCGCUGUACGACACGGACUACGAGGGACUCGUGGGGCUCCGGCCUGAGAAACUCGACAGGAGGCAACACACCACUCAGCCACAUAAGCCUAAAGAAGAGAAAAAAGAGAAACCAGAAGAAAAGAAAGUAGAAGAAAAAGAAGGAGUGAAGGCGGGAACAGAAGCCAAGGAGCUGACGGCGCUGGCGCUGCGCGGCGCGCUCAGUGUCCCGCACCAACAGAGACUACUCGCACUCUUGGAUCAUGAUCCUAAUAUUGUGUAUGAAAUUGGGAUCACGCCUAACCAGUUACCAGAGCUGGUGGAGAACAACCCGAUGGUGGCUAUAUCCGUGUUGCUGAAGCUGAUCCACUCACAACACAUCACCGAGUACUUCAGUGUGCUCGUCAACAUGGAGAUGUCACUACACUCCAUGGAGGUUGUUAACAGACUGACGACAUCAGUAGAUCUGCCGGUGGAGUUCGUGCACCUUUAUAUAAGUAACUGUAUUUCUACGUGCGAGACUAUCAGGGACCGGUACAUGCAGAACCGGCUCGUGAGACUCGUCUGCGUCUUCCUACAGUCUCUUAUUAGGAACAAGAUAAUAAACGUAAAGGAGCUAUUUAUUGAAGUGGAAGCGUUCUGCGUAGAAUUCUCUCGCAUCAGAGAGGCUGCGGCUUUGUUCCGGCUACUGAAGCAGCUCGACUCGGGAGACGGACUGGCUCACAAGGAGGCCAAGGAUAACUAGCAUCCCACCAUAAAAGCGUAUAAUGCAUACAAAGUAGAUAUAAAAAUUAAAGUUUAUAAGCAUUGUAUAAGUAAACAAAAUUAUUCUUAUAAUAAUGCUUCUGUACGAAUACUGAAAGGCUACUCUAUUUUAAGUUGUACUUAAAUAUCAUGACAUCUCUGUCAUAGUACACACAGCCACAUAUCAAUCUAUACAAACCAGUUUAUCCUGGUAUCGCGUCGCAUCAUCUUUCCGCACAUAAAAAACAAAAAAAA